AUGAUACAAGGGCUCUAUGAGUGUGGCAUAUUUAGCAUUUUCCUUCAUGGAAGCAAGAUUCCAGAUUGGUUUAGCUACAGGAGCAUGGGCAACUCUGUGUUGUCUAUUAUCAUACCUUCACAUCUCCACCGGAAGAUUCGAGGCUUAAAUGCAUGUGUUGUGUAUACUCAUCAUCCAGAUAGGGUUCUUGGGCUUCAAAGCCAACACUUUGUUAAAGUCAGUAAUGAGACUAAAGGUCUUAAGUGGACCUAUUCCGCAGUCACAAUGGGUUGUCCAGAAGAGAAUGAAGAUACGCUAUGGCUGAGCCAUUGGUUGUUUGGCAACAAUGAAUUGUAA